CAUUUCGGCCCUCCCCCCCCCCCCUCCUUCACUCCAUGAAACCCUAAGGUCCCCGCCGGAGAUCGACGGGUGAGAUCCGUCCACCUGUCCCCGGCGACAUGGACGCCGGAGUCGGGUCCUCCUCCCUCUUCCUCUCUCUCCUCCUGAUCUCCUCGAAACCCUAAUACGUAAUUCUUAGGGUUGGGGUUAGGGUUUCGUAAUUUCUAGUAGAGAUGAAGGAGAGGCCGUAGACAUAGGUAAAAAGGGAGAGCUUGAGGGCUUCAAGGGGGCGACGCCGACGCCGGUGGAGGAGGGGGAGGCGUCGGCGGAGCUCCACCUCCCGGCGGAAGUCGAUUGGGAGAUGCUGGACAAGUCGCGGUUCUUCCUCCUCGGCGCCGUCCUCUUCUCCGCCGUAUCCGCCGCCCUCUACCCGGCGGUGGUGCUCAAGACCCGCCUCCAGGUCUCCCACCCCCUGCCCCCCUCCGCCUGCGCCGCCGCCGCCUUCAUUCUCCGCCACGAGGGCCUCCAUGCCUUCUACCGCGGCUUCGCCACCUCCCUCGCCGGCACCAUCCCCGCCCGCGCCCUCUACAUGGCUGCCCUCGAGGUCACCAAGAGUGCAGUCGGCUCCGCCGCCUUCAGCCUCGGCCUCCCCGAGCCGGCUGCCUCCGCAGCUGCCGGCGCUGCCGCCGGCCUUAGCGCCGCCGUCGCCGCCCAGGUGGUCUGGACCCCAGUCGACGUCAUCAGCCAGCGACUCAUGGUCCAAGGCUGCCAUCUCCAAGGCCCCAAAUACCUCGGCGGACUUGAUGUCUUCAGAAAAAUCCUAUCUUGUGACGGAAUUCGAGGUCUCUACCGGGGCUUUGGCAUGUCCAUCCUCACCUAUGCCCCCUCCAAUGCCAUGUGGUGGGCUUCCUAUUAUCUGUCCCAAAGGAUCAUAUGGGGUGGAUUGGGGUACUACUACUUCAGCCGCCAAGAGGAGAAGGGGAGCAAUGGUGGCGGCGGCGAGAUGAUAAGGCCGGGGUAUGGGCCGGUGGUGGUGGUGCAGGGGGUGAGCGCAGCCAUGGCAGGGGGAGCGGCGGCGGUGGUGACGAUGCCGUUGGACACCAUCAAGACGAGGAUGCAGGUGAUGGAGGGGCGGAUGACGAUCGGGCGAACGGUGAGGACCCUCAUGAGGGAAGGAGGGUGGGGUGCAUGCUACCGGGGCCUGGGGCCGAGGUGGGCCUCGAUGUCGGUGUCAGCCACCACCAUGAUCACCACCUACGAGUUCCUGAAGCGGCUUUCUGCAAAGAGGCAGGACGGCUUGGCCACAUGACACGAGGUAAAGCUGAUGAUCCACAUGAUCUCUCUGCUGAUGCUUUUGUGUGUUGGGGUCCAUAUAACGAUUGGUUGUUGCUCUGUUACCAAUGUAUUUGCAUGCAACUGCGACAUGGUGAUGGCCAAUGAUAUCCAUAGAUUAGGAUAUAAUGUAAUGGAUGAUUGGCUUUCGGUGAGAUCUAGAUCAGUCUCUAGCUUGGGAACCCUUGGAUGCUUCUGGGAUUGGGAUGUCAGAAAUUUGGUAGGCUUUUGUGUAAAUGAUUAACAUGUGGGGCAGGAAGUUUGUUAGGGCUUAUAAUGAUUGAUAGUGAUUGAUAGUGAAAGCUUGCUGAGAACAAUGUCCAUAGCAGGAUGCUAAUUCAAUAUUUUGGUUGAUUGAUGUAUUAGGUUUAGCUUCCAUUGUCAUGUAGGAAUCAUAAUCUUUGGCAUUCAUUUUGUUGCUUUUUGUAUUCUUUGAGACAAGAUAUGAAUGGAAGAUCACAGCUAGCUUAAUUAGCA